AUGAAUUGUUCUGUCCCCGUUCUUGCCAACCUCCAGGCUUUUGACCCUAUCCUCCUCCCGGAGACAGCCUACGACGGCCACAACACCGAGCCACUCCAGUUAUAUGGCCCGGGCAAACUACACCCAACACACCUCGGUGAUGCUAUUGGCCCAGCUGAAGCCCCUAAUCGCUUUCGGAUCGUAGCAAAACUCGACCACAGCAAUCAUUCGACCUCCUGGCUUGCCCGAGACGGUCUCAACGACACUUGGCGUCGGGUCGACUUCCUGACCGGCUCGCCUGACAUCGGCCGCAACAAAGCUGAGUCAAUGACACUCUCCAUUCAGACCUAUCGGGCAGCGCCUGGCGCGGACAUUGCCCGAGCGGACGCAAAAGGUGUGCCACUCGAGAUGUUCACCAUCGCCGGACCCAACGGAAAACAUAGUGUUGUCGUGUUCCCCCUCAACGGGGAUUUCAAUUGUUUUCGUUGGGGUAUCGAGCCUGAUCUAGACGAGGUAGAGAUGAAUGAAACCUGGUUCGUCGCCAAAUGCACAAAGCUUCGUCAGACACAAGGCUGCGCUGGUCCGGUCUCGAUCCACGAGAUCACAGAGCAGGAGAUUUUGCAGAUUCUUGGCCGUCCUAACGUGAUCAUGGUCACCAACACCCUAUUUAAUGACUUCGUUGUUGAUUCUGAUAUUAGGAGGAACCAGGUCCCUGUUUACUUGGUUGAACGUCCUGAAAGAAUCACCAUCGACAAGGGUUAA